GGCUUCUGGUUCCGGGGCGGCAGUGCGGCGGCGGUACACUGUUGCUAGCGGUGGGCGGUGAGAGGGUCGCGGUCGAGCGGCACCGCGCGUCACCCGCGGACCUGAGUAGGGGCUCACUCGGCCGCCGGCAGUCGCUCCGCCCUGCUGGCCUGGGCCCGUUCGCCCAUUUCCCGCACGGUCCGGGCGAAUGAAUGAGCUUGCGAGGUGACGACGCGGCGCCAGCCCUUCUCAGUGACACCUGCGCAGCGCGGAGCAGCGGGGAUGAACCGGGCCAAGCCGGCCGCCGUGCGCAGGCCCAGCGCCGCGGCCAAGCCUUCAGGGCACCCUCCACCAGGAGACUUCAUUGCUCUGGGCUCAAAGGGUCAGGCCAGUGACUCCAAAACGACGUCCGCCUUGCUGAAGCCUGCCCCUUCCGGCCUGCCUUCGGAGCGCAAGCGGGAUGCUGCGGCCGCUUUGGCCGGUGCCUCCGCCCUAACCGGCCUCACUAAGCGCCCCAAACUCUCCUCCACACCCCCGCUGAGUGCCCUGGGGCGCCUGGCUGAGGCCGCCGUCGCAGAAAAACGCGCUAUCUCUCCUUCGAUUAAAGAACCGUCUGUGGUCCCGAUUGAAGUUCCACCCACAGUGCUGCUGGAUGAGAUUGAAGCUGCUGAGCUGGAGGGCAAUGAUGACAGGAUCGAGGGCGUGCUGUGUGGGGCAGUGAGGCAGCUGAAGGCCGCCCGGGCCAAGCCCGACAGCACCCUGUACCUGAGCCUCAUGUACCUGGCCAAAAUCAAGCCCAAUAUCUUCGCCACGGAGGGAGUCAUUGAGGCUCUGUGUGGCCUUCUGCGCCGGGACAACUCCAUCAAUUUCAAGGCCAAAGGGAACAGCCUAGUGUCCGUGCUGGCCUGUAACCUCCUCAUGGCUGCCUAUGAGGAGGACGAGAACUGGCCGGAGAUCUUUGUUAAGGUGUAUAUUGAAGAUUCCCUAGGGGAGCGCAUCUGGGUGGACAGCCCCCACUGUAAGACCUUCGUGGACAACAUCCAGACGGCAUUCAACACCAGGAUGCCCCCUAAGAGCAUGCUCCUACAGGGGGAGGCGGGGCGCAGCGGGGGGGACCUCAGCGCUGGGAGCAGCCCCCACCCCUCCCUCACUGAGGAAGAGGACAGCCAGACAGAGCUCCUGAUCGCAGAGGAGAAGCUCAGCCCUGAGCAGGAGGGCCAGCUCAUGCCCAGGUAUGAUGACCUCACAGAGAGCGUGGAGGAGUAUGUUCUCGACAUGCUCCGGGACCAGCUCAACCGGCGUCAGCCCAUCGAUAAUGUCUCACGGAAUCUCCUGCGGCUCCUCACUUCCACCUGUGGGUACAAGGAGGUGCGGCUGAUGGCGGUGCAGAGGCUGGAGAUGUGGCUGCAAAACCCCAAGCUGACCAGGCCCGCCCAGGACCUGCUGAUGUCUGUCUGCAUGAACUGCAGCACGCAUGGCUCUGAGGACAUGGAUGUCAUUUCCCACCUGAUCAAAAUCCGCCUCAAGCCCAAAGUUCUCCUUAACCACUACAUGCUCUGUGUCAGGGAGCUGCUGAAUGCGCAUAAGGACAACCUGGGCACCACCAUCAAGUUCGUGAUCUUCAAUGAGCUUUCCAAUGCCCGGAACCCAAACAACAUGCAGAUCCUCUACACUGUGCUGCAGCACAGCUCAGAGCUGGCGCCCAAGUUCCUGGCCAUGGUGUUCCAGGACCUGCUGACCAACAAGGACGACUACUUGCGGGCCUCGCGGGCCCUGCUCCGGGAGAUUAUCAAGCAGACCAAGCACGAGAUUGACUUCCAGGCCUUCUGCCUUGGGCUCAUGCAAGAGCGCAGGGAGCCACAACACCUGGACAUGGAGUUCAAGGAACGCUUUGUGGUACACGUCACAGAUGUGCUGGCUGUGUCCAUGAUGCUGGGCAUAACCGCCCAGGUGAAGGAGGCCGGCAUCGCCUGGGACAAAGGAGAGAAGAAGAACUUGGAGGCGCUGCGCUCUUUUCAGAACCAGAUAGCAGCGAUCCAGCGGGAUGCAGUGUGGUGGCUGCACACCGUGGUGCCAUCUAUCAGCAAGCUCGCACCGAAGGACUACGUGCACUGCCUCCACAAGGUGCUCUUCACGGAGCAGCCAGAGACCUACUAUAAGUGGGACAAUUGGCCCCCCGAGAGCGACCGCAACUUCUUCCUUCGCCUCUGCUCAGAGGUGCCCAUCCUGGAGGACACGCUGAUGCGCAUCCUGGUCAUUGGGCUGUCCCGGGAGCUCCCGCUCGGCCCUGCAGACGCCAUGGAGCUCGCUGACCACCUGGUGAAGCGAGCUGCAGCCGUGCAGGCAGAUGAUGUGGAAGUGCUGAAGGUGGAGCGGGUCCAGCUCAUCGACGCCGUGCUGAACCUGUGCACGUACCACCACCCUGAGAACAUCCAGCUGCCCCCUGGGUACCAGCCUCCGAACCUCGCCAUCUCAACCCUCUACUGGAAGGCCUGGCCCCUCCUGCUGGUCGUCGCUGCAUUCAACCCAGAGAACAUUGGCCUGGCCGCCUGGGAGGAGUACCCAACGCUGAAGAUGCUCAUGGAAAUGGUGAUGACCAAUAAUUACUCCUACCCACCAUGCACCCUGACGGAUGAGGAGACACGGACAGAGAUGAUCAGUCGGGAGCUGCAGAUUUCCCAGCGGGAGAAGCAGGAGAUCCUGGCAUUCGAGGGCCACCUGGCGGCUGCCUCUACCAAGCAGACCAUCACUGAGAGCAGCAGCCUCCUCCUGUCUCAGCUCACCAGCCUGGACCCCCAAGGACCCCCACGGCGGCCACCCCCCCACAUCCUAGAGCAAGUGAAAGGCCUCAACCAGUCCCUCCGCUUGGGGCACCUGCUGUGUCGGAGCCGGAACCCCGACUUCCUCCUCAAUAUCAUCCAGAGGCAGGCCUCUUCGCAGUCCAUGCCCUGGCUGGCCGACCUGGUGCAGUCCAGCGAGGGCUCCCUGGACGUGCUGCCUGUACAGUGCCUGUGUGAGUUCCUGCUGCAUGACGCCGCCGACGACUCCGCCUCUGGCGGCGAGGAAGAGGAGGGCGAGAGUAAGGAGCGGAAGGCCAGGAAGCGGCAGAGGCAGCAGAAGCAGAGGCAGCUCCUGGGCCGCCUGCAGGACCUGCUGCUGGGCCCCAAAGCCGAUGAGCAGACCACGUGUGAGGUGCUGGACUACUUCCUGCGGCGCCUCGGCUCCUCCCAGCUGGCUUCCAGGGUGCUGGCCAUGAAGGGCUUGUCCCUGGUGCUCUCGGAGGGAAGCCUACGGGAUGGGGACAAGGAGCCCCCAAUGGAGGAGGACUCAGGGGACGCGGAGACGUUGCAGGGCUAUCAGUGGCUGCUGCGAGACCUUCCCAGGCUGCCUCUGUUCGACAGUGUCAGGGCCACCACCGCCCUGGCACUGCAGCAGGCCAUCCACAUGGAGACUGACCCGCAGACCAUCAGCGCCUACCUGGUCUACUUGUCCCAGCACACGCCCGUGGAGGAGCAGGGCCAGCACAGUGACCUGGCCCUGGAUGUGGCCCGGCUCAUCGUGGAGCGCUCCACCAUCAUGUCCCACCUCUUCUCGAAGCGCUCCUGCAGUGCCGAGUCAGAUGCUGUGCUCGUGGCCCUGCUUUCCAUCUUCUCCCGCUACGUGAGGCGCAUGCGCAAGAGCAAGGAGGGGGAGGAAGUCUACAGCUGGUCAGAGUCACAGGACCAGGUUUUCCUCCGCUGGACCAGUGGGGAGACGGCCACCAUGCACAUCCUGGUGGUCCAUGCCAUGGUCAUUCUCCUGACGCUGGGGCCGCCCCACACUGAUGAUGGCGAGUUCCAGGCUCUGCUGGACAUCUGGUUCCCGGAGAAGAAGCCUCUGCCCACGGCCUUCCUGGUGGACACCUCAGAGGAGGCUCUGCUGCUGCCCGACUGGCUGAAGCUGCGCAUGAUCCGCUCAGAGGUCCCUCGCCUGGUGGAUGCUGCCCUGCAGGACCUGGAGCCACAGCAGCUGCUGCUCUUCGUGCAGUCCUUCGGUAUCCCCGUGUCCAGCAUGAGCAAGCUCCUCCAGUACCUGGACCAGGCAGUGGCCCAUGACCCCCAGACCCUGGAGCAGAACAUCAUGGACAAAAGUGCUGAGCCCCGGCUGUGGUCCACAGAUUACAUGGCUCACCUAGUGGAAGUUCAGCACGAGAGAGGAGCAUCCGGAGGCCAGACGUUCCACUCCCUGCUCACAGCCUCCCUGCCCCCUCGGCGAGACAGUGCAGAGGCGCCAAAGCCCAAGAGCAGCCCAGAGCAGCCUCCGGGCCAGGGCAGGAUCCGGGCCGGAACUCAGGUGCGGGUGCUCAGCCCUGAGGACGACCUGGCCAGCAUGUUCCUUCAGAUCUUCCCGCUGAGCCCCGGCCCGCGGUGGCAGAGCUCCAGUGCCCGCCCUGUUGCCCUUGCACUGCAGCAGGCCCUGGGCCAGGAGUUGGCGUGUGUCCGCCAGGGGAGUCCUGAGGUGACAGGUGUCACAGUGCGCCUCCUGCAGGCCAUUGCCACCCUUCUUAGCUCCCCGCAUGGCAGGGCCUUGGCUCUGGCCAUGCACCGAAGCCACUUCCUCGCCUGCCCUCUAAUGCGCCAACUUUGCCAGUACCAGCGCUGCGUGCCCCAGGACCCUGGCUUCUCAUCGCUCUUCCUCAAAGUGCUCAUGCAGAUCCUGCAGUGGCUGGAGAGCCCCGCUGGGGAGGGUGGGCCUCUGCAGGCCCAGCUCAAGCUGUUUGCCGCCCAGUACUCGGCCCGGCGCAGGAUCAGUGACGUGCGGAGCGGUUUUGUGCACCUGGCAGAGGCUCUGGCGUUCCGCGGGGACUUGGAGGUGGUCAGUUCCACGGUCCGAGCCAUUGUCGCCACCCUCAGGUCUGGGGAGGAGUGUGGCGUGGAACCCGAGCUCAUCGGUGAAGUGCUCCGGGGCCUGAUCGAGGUGAGGUCGCCGCACCUGGAGGAGCUGCUGGCCGCACUCUUCUCUGCCCCCUCUGCCUUCCCAGCCUCACGGCCCACUGCAGUGGUGAGCUCGCUGCUGCUGCAAGAGAAGCAGGCAUCCCCAGCUCCCGGGGAGCAGGACAGCAGCCACAGCCUGGAGGCCGUGCAGCUGGGACCUUGCUCUGGGCUCCUUGUUGACUGGCUGGAGAUGCUGGACCCUGAGGUGAUCAACAGCUGCCCCAACCUGCAGCAGAGGCUCCUGUUCUCCCGCAGCAAGGGCAAAGGCCAUCCUGGCCCCCAGGUGCCGUCUUUCCGACCUUACCUCCUGGCCCUCCUCACACACCAGUCCAACUGGUCCACGCUGCACCAGUGCGUUCGUAUCCUCCUGGGAAAGAACCGUGAGCAGAGGUUUGACCCUUCGGCCUCUCUGGACUUCCUGUGGGCCUGCAUCCAUGUGCCCCGUAUUUGGCAGGGGAGGGACCAGCGCACCCCUCAGAAGCAACGGGAGGAGUUGGCGCUGCGGGUCCAGGCCCCAGAACUCAUUGGCCUGGUGGAGCUCAUCCUGGCGGAGGCUGAGACCAAGAGCCAGGACGGGGUCACUGCCUGCAGCCUCCUCCAGGCUAGGCUGCCCUUGCUGCUCAGCUGCUGCCGUGGAGAUGACGAAAGCGUCAGGAAGGUGACAGCGCACCUUACAGGCUGCAUCCAGCAGUGGGGCGACAGUGUGCUGGGCAAGCGCUGCCGAGACCUGCUCACGCAGCUGUACUUGCAGUGGCCUGAGCUCCGCGUCCCUGUGCCCGAGGGCCUGCUGCACAGCGAAGGUGCCGCUAGUAGCAGCACCUGCAAGCUGGACAGUCUAAUCCACCGUUUCAUCACCCUCCUCGCGGACACCAGCGACUCCCGGUCGUCUGAGAACCGAGUGGCUGAUGCCAACAUGGCCUGCCGGAAGCUGGCUGUGGCCCACCCCAUCCUGCUGCUCAGGCACCUGCCCAUGAUCGCUGCUCUGCUUCACGGCCGCACCCACCUCAACUUCCAGGAGUUCCGUCAGCAGAACCACCUGACCUUUUUCCUGCACGUGUUGGGCCUGCUGGAGCUGCUGCAGCCUCAGGUGUUUCAGAGCGAGCACCAGGGGGCGCUGUGGGACUGCCUGCGCUCCUUCCUGCACCUGCUGCUGAACUACAGGAAGUCCUCCCGCCACCUGGCACCCUUCAUCAGCAAGUUCGUGCAGCUCACGCACAAGUAUGUCACCUGCAAUGCCCCAGCAGCCAUCUCCUUCCUGCAGAAACACUCGGAUGCGCUCCAUGACCUGUCCUUCGACAGCAGUGACCUGGUGAUGCUCAAGUCCCUCCUUGCAGGGCUGAGCCUUCCCAGCAGAGGCAGCAGGGCCGACCGAGGCCUGGACGAGGAGGGCGAGGACGAGAGCUCAGCUGGCUCCCUGCCUCUGGUCAGCGUCUCUCUCUUCACUCCUCUGACUGCAACUGAAAUGGCCCCCUACAUGAAGAGGCUUUCCCGGGGCCAGACUGUCGAGGAUCUACUGGAGGUGCUGAGUGACAUAGACGAGAUGUCCCGGCGUAGGCCAGAGGUCCUGGGCUGCUUCUCGACGAGCCUGCAGCGGCUGAUGAGCUCCGAGGAGGAGGCCUGCCGUACCCUGGCCUUCACCCUGGCCCUGCGCUCCGUCCAGAAUGACCCCAGCAUUGCAGCAGACUUCCUGCCCACGUUUAUGUACUGCCUGGGCAGCCGGGACUUUGAGGUGGUACAGACGGCCCUCAGGAACCUUCCCGAGUACACCCUCCUCUGCCAAGAGCACGCGGCCGUGUUGCUGCACCGGGCCUUCCUCGUGGGCAUGUAUGGCCAGAUGGACACCAGUGCCCAGAUCUCCGAAGCCCUGAGGAUCCUGCACAUGGAGGCGGUGAUGUGAGCCCGUUGACAGCUUCACCACGUGCCAGCCUGAGUCCCUCAGCAGGUGGGCUGGGCCCCAGGCCAAGCCCAGCCAGCGUCUGGUACCCUGGUAGCCUCCCCUGGGAUGGGGACACCGAGCUGCCCCAGGGUAGGCAGGCACCACCCAGCCCAUGGCCAGCAGCUGGGUGCAGGGUGGUGGGGAGGGGGCGCUGUCUGCCCUGGGGGCUGCCCUGCCUGCAAGUGACGGGUCUGUGGCCCAGCCUGGAGGAGGAGCUGUGAUGUUGUGGCUGAGGGGCUGCUUUUCAAUAAAAUGUGCUGAACCUCUUGUGUG